CACAGCAGAUACUAAUGUUUUAUCCCUUUUUUAUCGCCAGAUACCUCAUUGUGUGUAUAUAAUGCAUUUUUAUCCAUUUACUAGUGGAUACUUGAGUUGUUUCUGCUUAAGUAAAAUUACUCAUUUAAUUAAAAAAAUACGACCAUAAAAGAUGGGAACUACAGAGACAAAGAGUUGAGGUAAAUGGAAAACAUAGCAGUACGAUAGAUUGAAACACAUCAGUAAUCACAGUGAAGACAGAUGAUUGAACAUUGAAAGAAACGACCACAUUAGAUUUUUUUAAAGCAAGAGCAGAGUAUUGGCUGCCUAGUAGAAACUCACUUUAAAUAUACAAAGUCUUAACCUAAAAACAAAAGGGUGAACAGUGCUAAUCAAAAAGAAAGAGUGGCUAACUUAACAUCACACAAAAUUUAAAUUCAAGUACAACCUCAUUGAGGAAAGCUGUUUGUAUCCCUUGAUUCUUACUGUAUGGUUUUGUAUGGGUGUAUGUUUUUAUUCCUCUUGUGCAGAUCCUAGAUUAUAGGAUCGCCAGUAAUUUAGGGAAACUCUGUUAGCCUGAUGAGGAACUGCCUGAAUGUUUUCAAACUGGCUGCACUGUUUUGCACUCCCACUAGGAGUUCAUGGAAGUUCCAACUCCCCUCCAUCUCUCCAGUAGCUGUUGCCUGUCAUUUUCCUGUAGUCAUCACCGGCUGUGUAGUGAGGCCCUGGCGUCCUCGUGGUCAGUAUGAAGUUACUCCUGGUGCUCCUCCUCUCUGCCAUUGCCCCUGGGUGCAGGGGGAACUUCUCCUACAGCGCGCCCCCCCAGCUGCUCCUGGUCUCCUUCGAUGGCUUCCGAGCCGACUACCUGCGGGACUACGAGCUCCCUCACCUCCAGAGCUUCAUCAAGGAGGGUGUCCUGGUAGAACACGUGAAAAACGUGUUCAUCACCAAAACAUUCCCGAACCACUACAGCAUAGUCACGGGCCUGUACGAGGAAAGCCACGGCAUCGUGGCCAACUCUAUGUACGACAGCGUCACCAAGAAACGUUUUUCGGACGCUGAGGAUAAGGAUCCUUUCUGGUGGAACGAGGCGGUCCCCAUUUGGGUGACCAACGAGCUGCAGGAGAACAGAUCGAGCGCGGCCGCCAUGUGGCCAGGGACCGACGUGCCCAUCCAGAACACCACGCCUUCCUACUUCAUGAAUUACAACCCCACCGUGUCAUUUGAGGAGAGACUGAAUAAUAUCACCACGUGGCUCAGCUAUUCCAACCCACCGGUCACCUUUGCCACUCUCUACUGGGAAGAACCGGAUGCAAGUGGCCACAAAUACGGCCCGGAGGACAGAGACAACAUGCGCAGGGUUCUGAGCGAAGUAGAUGGCCUUAUUGGUAAACUAGUGCAGAAGCUGAAGCAGUUAGGACUGUGGGAAAAUACGAAUGUGAUCAUUACGAGCGAUCACGGGAUGAGCCAGUGUUCGGAGAAGAGACGGAUAAACCUAGAUCACUGCAUCGACCCCUCAAGCUACAGUCUCAUAGAUUUGAGCCCAGUGGCCGCAAUUCUUCCCAAAAUAAAUAAGACAGAGGUUUAUGACAAACUGAAAAACUGUAGUCCUCACAUGAAUGUUUACCUCAAAGAAGACAUUCCUAACAGAUUUUAUUACCAACACAAUGAUCGAAUCCAGCCUAUCAUUCUGGUUGCUGAUGAGGGAUGGACAAUUGUACUAAACAAAUCAUCAUCAAAAUUGGGCGACCACGGCUACGACAACUCGCUGCCCAGCAUGCACCCGUUCCUGGCCGCGCACGGCCCCGCCUUCCACAGAGGCUACAAGCACGGCGCCCUGGACAUCGUGGACAUCUACCCCAUGAUGUGCCACAUCCUGGGGCUGCCGCCGCGGCCCCACAACGGGACCUUCGGCCGGGCCAAGUGUCUGCUGGCCGACCAGCGGUGCCUCAACCUCCCGGAAGCCAUCGGGAUCGUGGCGGGCGCGCUGCUGGUGCUGACCACGCUGACCUGCCUCCUCGUGGCCAUGCAGAACAGGCUGUCCGCCCCGCAUGCCUUCUCCCGACUGCAGCUGCAGGAGGACGACGACGACCCGCUCAUCGGGUGACCUCCCCGCCCCGGCCGCACCCAC